AAGAUGGCGGCUUCCUUGUCUCUGCUUGUGAUUGUCGCCGUCACAAUCCGCGCGGCUCUGUUCAGAUCCGGCCUCGCGGAGCUGAUCGCGGAGCGGGUGGAGGUGGUGUCCCCGAUCACCGCCUGGAAGCGAGUGAUCGAAGGUUUGGCGCUGCUCGAUCUGGGAGUUUCUCCGUAUUCCGGCGACGUUUUCCACGAGACUCCUCUCAUCAUUUACCUCUUUCACUUUCUGGUGGAUUAUGCAGAAAUCACAUUCAUGCUGGCGGACGUGAUCACAGCCGUGGCUCUUUACAUGGCCGUGAAGGACUUUAACAAACAAGUGUUCAGGAAGCAGAAGUUUUCGGUGGAGGCGGAGCGAUACCCUGCAGACUGCCUGGAGCUCAUCAGGAGCCCCACUGAGAUGUUCUACAUCCCCCUGAAAGUGGCCAUGUUUUACCUGCUGAACCCGUUCACCAUCUUGUCCUGCGUUGCCAAGUCGACUUGCGGCCUGAACAACGCCGUCAUCUCCUUGUUCGUCCUCACAACCAUAAAAGGAAACGUUUUGCUGAGCGCCAUUUUUCUCUGCUUGGCCACCUACCAGUCCAUCUAUCCUCUGACGCUGUGCGCCCCCGCCAUGCUGUAUCUGAUGCAGCACCAGUACGUCCCGGUGAACCCGCGGCGCGUCGCCUUCUGGUGGUUCGUGGUUCAGUACCUGUUCAUGUACCUGGGCAGUUUGUUCGUCAUCGUCUGCCUGUCCUUCUUCCUUCUCGGCUCCUGGGACUUCCUGCCCUCCGUCUACGGCUUCAUCCUCUCAGUUCCUGACCUGACGCCCAACAUCGGCCUCUUCUGGUAUUUCUUCGCUGAGAUGUUUGAGCAUUUCCGCCUCUUCUUCCUCUGCGUCUUCCAGAUCAACGUCUUCUUCUACACCGUCCCUCUGUGCAUCAAACUGAAGUCAGGACCAGCCGUGUUCCUGAUGUUCAUGCAGCUGGCGGUGAUCUCCAUCUUUAAGUCUUACCCCACGGUGGGCGACACGGCGCUCUACCUGGCCUUCCUUCCCGUCUGGAGCCACCUGCACAGAUUCCUCAGGAACAUCUUCCUGGUUUCCUGCGUCCUACUCGCCUGCUCCGCUCUCUUCCCGGUUCUCUGGCAUCUCUGGAUCUACGCUGGAAGCGCCAACUCCAACUUCUACUACGCCAUCACGCUGCUCUUCAACGUGGCGCAGAUCCUGCUGGUGUCGGAUUAUUUCUACGCCUUCCUGAGGAGGGAGCACCACCUGACGGCCGGACUCUACCUGAAGAAGAAGGAUGGCUCCGAGGCGACGCUGGUGCUAAAAUGAAACGCGCCCUGAUCAAACCUGAUCAAACCUGAUCAAACUUGAUCAAACCUCUUCAGACUGGAAUGAGGAGGAAUAAAAACGCUGAUGCUGCAGAACUCGAAGCGACUCGCCGCCGUUUCCGAUGAAUGAACUUUGAACUGUUGAGGAGGGAAAGUUUCGUCUGAGAAUAUUUUGUUCAGAACUUUUUCUGUUGAAACGUAAAUGUAAGAAACGUGUGAAUGUCCAGAGAAACGCCUCAGCUUCACGUGGUUUUUCCGCUCGACUUGGUGGCUUUUCAUUUCUCGGUGUUGUGAGCAGAUUAUAAAGCUCCGAAAGUUUCAGUUAUUCGUUGGAUCUUUUCUGGGAUGAAAACAACAAAACUUGAUUUUGUUAUUUUGCAGAUUAUGGAUCAAGAUAAAAUUGUCCAAGCUGCAAAAACACAACAUUUAUUUGUGUUUUUUUUUCUCAUUUCUUAUAAAAAAAAAUCUUAUAACACUUGGAAUAAUAUGAAGCGAAAUGAAUGUGACUUUUCAGCUAAAUGGUGAUCCAUAUUUUAAUUCAAUAAUUAUUUGAUUAAAGUCCUGUUUCCACUGGCAGAUUAUUAAACUUAUUUACAUGGAAAAACGUCUUACUAGUGAAAUAAUCUGCAGGUGAAAUGAUUAUUAUUGAUUUAAAACAAGGUUUUUAUCUGUUGCUCAGAAGUUUGUGGUGUUUUUUAUUUCAGGUUUUCUGAGGUUUGGUUUCACAUUAAGGGCUCAAAUGUUGAAUGUUUGCUGCUUUAAUUUGACAUUUAAAAAAUGUUUAAAUUUCAAAACAUUUAAACUUUAUUUUUCUUCUAAAUUCUGAACAUUUUGAUCAGGAACUUUAUGCUGUGAAGUUUCUUCUGUUUUUUAUUAAUGGCUGAAAUUCUCCAUAAAGUUUUUAUGAACUUAUAACCAUUUAAACAUUUAACCUUUUAUAUGCAUAACAAGCCCAAUUAUUGUUUUCUCUUUCAUAAUUACACUAAUAUGAAAUGCUAAUCUGUAAAUUCCCAGAUUAGCAUUUAAACUUAGCUUAGCUUAGCUUAACUUAGCAUGAAGACCAGAGUUUGGAUGAUAUGUUGGUUGAAAUUAAAAUUUUGCUCCAUGCAGGUAAAAGUUUUCAGGUCCAAACGAAUCUGAACAUUUUGCCUUAAAUUCUGAAAAAAGCAAAACUGUUUUCCACCUAAAAUCUUUGUUUUCUCUCAAACGGCUGAUUCUGUUUCACAGUUUAGUUUGUCAUGUUUACUAACUGGAAAUGAUUUAUUAUUAUUAUUAUUAUUGUUCUCAGUUUGAAUCAUUUUCACCAAUCAGUGUUUUGUUGAAAAAUGAAAAAUUUGCUUUAAUUUUACUGAAAAAUUUUCUUCACAUCUUCAUGUUGAUGGAAAAAUGCAACAGUUUGGUUUUUAUAUUUUCAUCUGAAUCUGAUUUUAUUUAAAUGUUUUGUUUUUCUGGACAGAAAAUCAUUCUGAGGUUUUUGAAAGGAACAAAACGUAUUUUUAUUUGCUGCACUGAAACUUUGCAACAAGCUGAUUUUAUUACUUAUAUUUAUUGUAAUAUUUCGUUUUGUGAAACAUGUUCAAUCGGUUUGUGGUGUAACUAAAGCCUGAGGUUUUGCUUUUA